AUGUUGGAUCUCUGUGUCACCAUCAAAGGGGUGUCCUUCCUGUUGCAAACAGGGUUAGGGUUCCUGGGGAACACCCUGGUGCUGCUGGCCUACACCCAGGUCGUCUGCUCUGAGUGCCGACUCCAGCCUGUGGACAUAAUUCUCUGCCACCUAGCCUUCGUUGACCUGAUUCUGCUCCUCACCCGCUGCGUCCCCCAGACCAUGACUGUGUUUGGCCUGCGUGACCUGCUGAAUGACCCGGGCUGCAAGGUGGUCAUUUACACCUAUCGCAUCGCCCGGGCUCUGUCAGUGUGCAUCACCUGUAUGCUCAGUGUGUUCCAGGCAGUGACCAUUGCCCCUGCAGGUGGACCCUGUUUGUCCAGGCUUAAGGCCCGGCUUCCCAGGCUCAUCGUGCCCACCAUCGCAGGGCUGUGGCUCUUCAACAUGGCUGUAUGCUUCGCAGCUCCAUUGUUCUCGAUUGCCCCUCGCAACGGCACAGUGCCUGCCUUCACCCUCAACCUGGGCUUCUGCCAUGUGGACUUCAGGGACAGGCUGUCCUACAAGAUCAAUGGAGUGAUUGUCUCUACACGGGACUUUGUCUUUGUGGGGCUCAUGUUGUGGUCCAGUGGCUACAUCCUUCUCCUCCUCCACCGUCACAGCCGCCAAGUGAGAAGCAUCCGACGAUCAUCCCAGGGUGGAGGAGCUGAGACUAGGGCAGCCAAUACAGUGAUCACCCUGGUGGUGUUGUAUGUUGUAUUCUUCGGCAUAGACAAUAUCAUCUGGAUUUACAUGCUGACGGUAGAUAAUGUGUCUCCAGUGGUAGCUGACAUGAAGAUCUUCUUCUCCUCCUGUUAUGCCUGUCUCAGCCCCUUUUUCAUCAUCAGCUCCAAUAAGAAGGUCAAGAGUAAGUUGGUGUGUGUGGCAGCUGACCAAGAGCCGCCAUCAGUCGACACCCAGGACUCCAAUGACAAGAUGUAA